AUGCGAACAGCAAAUAAACUUGGGAUAAAGACAGUUUCUGUGUAUAGUGAAGUUGAUAAAAAUUCAUUGCAUUCAGAUGAAGCAUAUUUAAUAGGUCCCGCCGAAAGUUAUUUAAAUAUCGAAAAAAUUAUUUCCGUGGCUAAAAAGAGUGGUGCACAGGCUAUUCAUCCGGGAUACGGAUUUUUAUCUGAAAAUGCUAAAUUUGCUAAACGUCUUGCUGAAGAAAAAAUAAUUUUUAUUGGGCCACCUGCUUCUGCCAUAAUUUCUAUGGGAUCAAAAAGUGAGUCAAAAGAUAUCAUGAUAGCAGCCAAUGUUCCAGUAAUUCCAGGUUAUCACGGAACCAAUCAAGAUCCCACAUUCUUAAAAGUUAAAGCUUUAGAAAUUGGAUAUCCAGUUUUAAUCAAAGCCAUUAAAGGUGGUGGUGGUAAAGGAAUGCGAAUAGUCAAUGAUCCAUCUGAAUUCGAAAUUCAACUCGAAUCUUCUAAACGAGAAGCAAUAAAAUCAUUUGGUGAUGAUCAAGUACUCAUUGAAAAAUAUUUGUUAACACCGCGACACGUUGAAGUACAAAUAUUUGCGGAUACAUUAGGAAAUAUUGUACACUUAUUUGAAAGAGAUUGUUCUACUCAAAGGCGACAUCAAAAAGUAUUGGAAGAGGCCCCGGCACCUGGAAUCACUGAUGAGAUUCGGUAUGAACUUGGAAUUAAAGCUGUGGCAGCAGCUAAAGCUGUGAAUUAUGUUGGUGCUGGAACUGUGGAAUUUAUUAUGGAUAAUAAGACUAAAACAUUUUAUUUUAUGGAGAUGAAUACACGGUUACAAGUGGAACAUCCUGUAACUGAGAUGGUUACAUCUACAGACUUGGUUCAUUGGCAAUUAGAGAUAGCUUCAGGUAAUGAAUUACCUGCAAGACAAGAUGAUUUAAGUCUAAACGGCCAUUCAUUUGAGGCACGGAUCUAUGCAGAAAAUCCAGAAAAUAAUUUCCUUCCUGAUACUGGACGACUACUUUAUCUUCGUACUCCUCAAUUAUCACCCAACAUUCGGUUGGAAACCGGUUUUGAACAAGGUGAUGAAAUUAAUAUAUACUAUGAUCCCAUGAUCGCAAAAUUAGUGGUCAAAGGUGAAAAUCGUACUGAAGCAUUAAAGAUAUUGAAGAAAGCUUUAGACGAAUAUGAGGUUGUAGGAUUAAAUACCAAUAUCGAAUUUUUAAAAAGUGUUGUGUCGCAUCCUGUUUUUAUUCAAGGUGAAGUUGAAACUGGAUUUAUUGAUGAUCACAAAGAAGAAUUAUUUGCACCAAAACCAGAAAUUCCACCACAAAUUCUAGUUCAAGCUGCUUUAUCGAUAAUAUUAAAUGAAUAUAGAGAAUCAUUUAAAUCAAAUAGUGAAGAUCCAUAUUCACCAUGGACCAAACUUCCGUAUUUCCGUCUUAAUACUAGUCACUCCCGUAUUCUUGCAUUCCGUGAUCAGAAUGACAAUGAUAUAGAGGUCAAUAUAGAAUUUCUUCCGAAAAAUUUAUAUAACAUUACUGUCAAAAACCGUGCGGUUGAUGAAAAUUUAGUUCAAUUUGAAAAUGUGGUUUGUGAAUGGAUCGAUUCCCAACAGCAAAUUAUAACCACCAUCGGAGAUAAGAGAUAUAAAAGUCGAAUAAUAUUUGAAAAGAAUAAAAAUGUUAUUAUUUUUUAUGAGGAUGGUAAAGUAGUUUUAAAUAUUCCAGAACCUACUUAUCUUAAUAUUGGGGUUUCAGAUGUGGCACAUUCUGUGAAAACACCUAUGCCUUGUAGAAUUUCUCAGAUAUUAAUAAAACCUGGGCAAGUUGUAGAAAAAGGCACACCAUUGAUUAUAUUAGAAGCAAUGAAAAUGGAGCAUAUAAUCAGAUCACCAUACCCAGGAAAAAUAAAUAAAGUGUUAUAUAAUGUUGGAGAUAUGGUUGGUGAAAAUAUGAGUUUGGUUGAAUUUAAUGAUGAUAAUUAA